AUGUCUUCUACUUCGAGGGGCGAUAUCGUCAUGGACACUUCAAGUGUCGAGAAGGCGUUUACAGACACCUCAUCCCCCAAUGAAGCCGAGACCGUGGCUACGCCUGAUGAAUCGAAGUACAUCACGGGUAUCAAACUCUAUCUGAUCAACACUUGUCUUACGGUCUCUAUUUUCCUUGUGACUCUCGAGUCUACAAUCAUCAGUACCGCUAUUGUGGAUAUUACCGAUGAAUUAGGCGGCUAUGAGAAGAGCUCAUGGCUCUUCACAGCAUACAUGUUGACGUACUGCAGUCUCCAGAUGAUCUGGGCGAAACUGUCAGACAUUGCAGGACGGAAGUACACACUCAUCGCUGCACUACUCAUCUUCACCUUGUUCUCGGCACUCUGUGGGGCUAGUCAGACACUCAUACAGCUCAUCAUAUUUAGAUGGUGCCAGGGUAUCGGAGGCUGUGGUGUAUAUGCCCUCACUCAACUCCUGUUCAUGGAAAUUGUUCCAAAGAGGAAGUUUCCACAGUACAUGGCGGGUGUUAGCAUGGUGCUUGCGCUCAGUUUGAUCACAGGGCCGCUUCUUGGUGGCGGUAUCACACUGCACGGAAGCUGGCGGUGGAUCUUCCUUUUGAAGUACGUGUCUUUGCUGAAGGAACUCAUUGAGCCUACUGACAUUAUGAUCAGCGUCCCUGUAGGAGUUCUUACUGCCGUUUCACUGUGCUUCACACUUCCGAGAACACUCUUCAACGAACCUGCUGCGCAGCAGAAACACCCCAUUUUCUCAAAGCACACUCUCCGUCGGCUCGACUUUCUAGGCGCGACCUUGAUGCUGGGAACUCUUGUAUUGCUUGCUACAGGUCUGCAACAAGCAUCGCUAGACUAUGCUUGGUCGUCUAACAAAGUUCUUCCCCUACUCGUUGCCUCUGCACCUUUCGCGAUUGCCUUCUUCACAUGGCAAUGGUACGCAACGCAGCGUCGCACUAACCCAGAGCCUGUCUUCCCUUGGCGCUUCUGCCAAAGUCGCAUACAGCUGGGCAUGAUCAUAAAUACCUAUCUCUCCGGCACAGUCAUGUUCGUAUGCAUCGCACAGAUUCCCCAACGCUACAUCACCGUGAACGGCCUCUCCCCUCUGGCAGCUGCCGUCCGCCUCCUCACAUACGGCGCUUUCGUACCCUUUGGCAGUGGAGUUGCUGGCGCUUUGAUGGGAAAACCCAGGAUACCGCCAUGCUGGAUCAUCCUAGCAGGCUCCCUAAUGGAGGUUCUCGGUAUCACGUUGCUCGCGUGGAUUGACACUUCGUCGCAUAUUGAUGCUAGUCAGUAUGCGUACCAGAUCAUUGCGGGCACAGGAACCGGUCUUGUUAAUUCCGGACUUAUCAUGCUUGUGCCGUAUGCGAUGGAGAAGAGGGAUUUGGCGGUUGGGUCAGCAGCUACGUCGCAGUUCCGCACCUUGGGCGGUCUGGUCGGUAUCGCUAUUGUGACAUCUAUCUCCACACCUUACAUUCGUUCCCACCUGACCGAUAUCCUUCCCUUGGAACUUGCAGAAAGUUUGUUAGAAAGGACGGAAUUAGUGCAACAUCUUUCACCUGAAACUCUAGAGCGGGUGAGGAUGUUGUUUGGAGAGGCGUAUAACCUGCAAGUCAAGGUGCUGAUUGGAUUUGCGGUGGCCAAGGUGCCGGUUACGGGUUUGAUGUGGACAAAUCUAAGAGUUGAGAGUAAGUGA